AUGAAACCCUCAAAAUAGCACCAACAACUUCAAUAAUCCUUUGCUACAUCUAAAUAAAACUUCAUUUCCAAGAACUAAUCAAUUGAAAAAUAAUCUAUUCAGAAUAGUCAAUUAAAAGAACAAAGGCCUAGUCUAGCCUAUAACAAACCAUAAAAUACUUAGAAUGCUUCAUAUAUAAGAAUAAUUGAAAACUUUGAGAAUGACAACAAGGAGAAUUUGUACUAAAAAUUAGUUAAAAAAAUGGAUGUGUAAAGAUAAAAUGAUGAUGCCAAGAAAUGUUAAAAAUAAAAAAAAAAAAUUAAUAUUGAAGAUGAAUAACAUUAAAAAUAGAGAUCUUAUUCAGCUUUACCAAUUUUGAAAAGGUGGAGUCCUUCUGAAAACUUGAAUCAAACUUAAAGUAAUUAAUUUUGGUAACCUAAUUCCAUUGAAAAUGAAUAAAGUACUUCAACCAAGAAAGGUGACAAAAAACAACUAUACUUUGCCUACUUUUGGAUUGAUUAAAAUUUUAAUUCCUUCAUGCCUACAUUUUGUCCUCUAAAUCAAGAAAAUCUAGAUAAGUGUUAUAAUUAGUUAUUGCAUUUAUUAAAAUAUAAUUUAGAUUGA